CGAUUACUGUAGCGCAAGAUACGUUUUACUAUUCAUACAGACUCAUUUUUACUAUUCACUUGGCUCUGAUUGGCUGUCGUUUUCCGUUGCCUCUGUUCCUGUGCUGCGAGCUGACUUCUAGUGUAGCGGUGCCGCCGUUUGGGUUAUGUUUCCCUCUGCUUUGUACUCUGGGUCCCCUGCCUCUCACGCACCGGCCUCGAAUCACGUGAUGGAUAUCCGGGCACGUUCUUUUUGCCCCUUUCUUCGUGAGGUGGUUUUGCUCUUUGCGUUUGCCUUUGUGGUGAUGAUUGCGUCCUUGGGAGGCGGUGCCACUGCGUGCAGGUGCUUGGGAGGUGGGAUGCUGUCUGCAGGUUGAUGGGUUCAUUGGGAGAAAGAUAUUUGAUGCGACUCAGCCCACCCAUAGGAAACUCGGUCCGUCCCACUAAGAAACUCACUCGACCAACAACUUUUCCAAACGCUGCUGCACACUCCUGUUUCGCACCUUUCGCCGUUCUCUCUCAUUCUUCUGCAUUCUCUAGUUUCGUUCGCUUGGUUGCUUUUUCGAAUUAUGGAGUUCACACUUUUAUGCAAUCUCGGCGGACCGAAGAAGGAAUCUGUGGUGCUCCGCCUUCGGCUGCUCCACAUGUGGGCUGUGAAGGCUCCGGGCGAUGUCAGAGUCUUCAACUUCUGCACUCUCUGGGUGGACAAAACGGGGAUGUUGAUUCAUGGCCUUUCUCCUGCUGCGAUGGCAUCUGGGAUCCGCCAAGCGUUGCGUGUGGAUAAGAUAUACAUGCUCAAGACAUUUUGCCUCAGCAACCCGCCGAAUCUCUACCGAGCGUGCUCUUUUGAUCUUGCUCUCGGCAUCACUCCGUCAACAUCUUUCCACGAGUGUCAUCUUCCUGCUCCGAGCUUUACCGUUGAAGCCUAUGAGUUCCAGCCUUUUGCAAGGUUGCUCUCGCGUGCUGAUGUGAUUGGUCGUCUGCACUCAAUCAGUGGUGUGUCGCACAAGAUCACAAACAAUGGCCCCGCUGUCAAGCAGACAGUCGUGCUUGAGAAUGAGAGUGGGGAGAAGGUUACGAUCACUCUGUGGGAUGAAUUCUCAAGGAUAAUCGAUCACGUGGCGCUUACUCAGGCAGAUGCGAUUGAGACCGUUGUCCUUGCUUUUGGGGAGCUUUUGGUCAAUAGAUUGGCAGGUGGGUUUGCUCUGUCCAACUCGGCAGCUACUCACGUGUCGGUUAAUCCGCAGGUCCUAGAGGCAUACCGCUUUGCACAGAGGUUUGCUGAAACACGUGAAGUAGUUGGUUCUUUACCCAUUGAGUUUGCCACGACGGAGGAGGCUACUGCGGAUGCAGAAAGGCGGACAAGGACAUUAGCACAACUUACUGAUCUUGCUCUGACUAAUGCUUCUUUGGAUGAGAGGCAUCGUUGUGGUGGAGUGAUUAUGGACGUUGAAUCGCACGUCCCAUGGUCGAACCGGUCUGCCGCGAAAUACCGGCUAGUUUUGAAUCUACCGGCAAUAGGCUGCUUGCGAGGAAACUCUCCGACUAGAUGGGCCUUGUCACUGCCUCCGCGCCGCGGCCACUACUGCAUCUUCACCGCCGACCCGUGUCGCCAGCCACAGCUGUCGCUGCUAUCGUGCUUGUCAGGCCAUCCCUUAGCCACUCUCCACCGUUAUAUGCCUGGCUGCUCGGACGCAGAAGAAGAUGAAGAGGAAGGAAGCGAUUGUUUGAAAGAAGAAAGAGAGGGAAGGAAGCUCCAUGUUAUCGCGGCCACCAUAUAAGAAAGAAGGAUGAGAUCUGACUUCAGAAAUUUUCUUGGUUCUUUUUUAUUUUUGUCAUAUCUUGAUUCAAUUUUUAGUUACCGGAAUAAAAGAGGGGAGAGACGAGAGAAGAUUUGGAGAUGCAGAGUGAAAGGAAGGUGACAGCCGCCUAGGGUUUCACCAUGUUUCCAUGGGCCUUAUUUUUCUUUUUUUAAAGAAAUCCAUGGGCCUUAUUAGUUAGUUGGUAAUGGUGUGAUAUUAUGUGAUUAUUUAGUAUUUAUUGUCCGGUAUUUCCGGUAUAAUUCGGUAUUACUUCGAAACGGUACUCUGAUUUUGCCGGCACGGUUUUUUGACAAAAAAAAUAUUUUACUGUUAUAAAAACGAUAUUUACCG